AUGACCACAAGUGCGCUCUCUCUCGACUCCAACAGUACCCUGGUGAGCGCAAACGCCGCGGCCUUAGCGGAGGCGGACGCUGGUGCGCAGGCUGUUGUAGACCUCGUGAACAGGUUUGUCAUCAGCACUGCUCAGUUUCUCAACCGCUUCUCCCACGAGUGCGAGUCGAGGCUGGUGCAGACCGAAGAAUCGCUGCAGCAGUUGGAGCUGCAGACGCAACUCUUGGAGCACCUGCUCAUCACCAGCGGUGCUGCCGACCCCGAGGCAGAGGAGGGGGAAGAGGAGGGUAGCGAUCACUCCAAUGAUGACGAUGGCGGCGCAUCGUACCUCGCGGAUGGCGAUGACCGAGACAGGGUGAGGGACGACCGUAGCGAGGCGUCAGCGGCGUACGACUAUCACCAGCGUCGCCGUCGCGGUCGUCGCGCCGCUAGCGAGAACGGCGAUGCAGAGAGCGUUCGGGGUCUGCCGGCGCCGCCGCCGAACGAUCGCCGCAGUGGCGGCCCGCCCCCACCGCCUGGCAACUACCGCAAAGGUCCGCCGCGGCCACCGCCUGGGGUGGCACGUGCGGUUGCCGCAGCACAGGAGGCCGAGGCGGCGCGUGUCGCCACCCUGGCAAUUGUCGGCGCGCCGGUCCUCAUGCCGCCGCUUUCAGGUGAUGCCCCGGCCCCGCCACCGCCGCUGGAGUUGCGACCUGGCCGGUUGCUUAUGCGGCACCAUCCAAGGCUGCAUGGCUACUUCGAGUUGCUGUCCUUGCGCGUGCCGGCGGCGUAUGUGAAGGCCAAGAUGCAGGCGGACGGCUUCCAGGGCGAGUGGCUCGACACACCGGACGCGCCGGCGCCGAGUGGCCUGUCCGCGGCAGUGCGCGCCUUCGUGGAUGAGCCAGAUUGA